AUGAAACGCUUUUCCUCAUCAACGGCAUUUCUUGAAGCAGUAGAUAGUGGUAGAUGGUCUACUUAUACUAUAACGGAAGGUGAUUUUUCAGCAGUUGUCAUGAGCAACGUGAAUCUGACAUGGAUACAAUUACCCGGUUUACAAUUGCGAGAUGCAACAAUAAUUAGCUUGGAAAGCAAAGUUACUGUCUCAGCCGACUCACCGCCGCGUUUAACUGUUGAAAAAAGCGUCAAGGAUGAUGGAACUAGCGACGAUGGUCAGGCAAUUACCAAAAAGUUUAAAUUUCUUGACAUUGAAGAGGUCCAGGUAAUCAGCAGCACAGCCUGCGUAGGACAAGGAUGGAUACUUGUCCACGAAAGGCGGUGUAUCAAGAUAACUAAGUCACCACAAGAUGGAUAUGGGGUAGCAGUCAUGCGAAGUCAACGUCAAAGAAGAGUGGAAAAAGCUAUUGUCAAGGUGGGUGGAAAAGAAUAUCUAUUCUGCCAUUUUCAUCGAUGGAAGACUAGUGUUGAUUGGAACAAGAUAUCAGCGAACGGCGUCUUUGAAAUCGGUUUGCAAGAUGUUGUACUGAACACGUAA